AUGUGCAAAGCAAGAAUUGAAUAUAUGCCCUGGACAAAUUCAAAAUAUAAAUUAUUAGAUAUAAAAUAUCCACCUCAAGGAAAGCCAAGAAUCAUUUUGUCCCAGUCUGGAAUAUGUGCAGGGAAAUCUACAGAAAUUAAAUGUGAAUGGAAAGGUGGUUAUCCUGAAGCUAUUGUAAAACUAUCAUGUCUUUCUGAAGUCAAGGAAGGACAAAGUUCUGUUAGCAUCAAAAAAACAGUGACUCAAGAAAUGAGUCGAUUUUGUAUUUGUGAAGGAAAGCAUAUUGGUAAAGAAGAUAGUGUAACUGAAGAACUGGAUAUUCAAUAUCCUCCCAAUAAAGUAACAAUCAGUCAGACAUCAUAUCUUGAAGGGCAAACUGCAUCUUUAAUUUGUGUGGCAUCAGGUGGUAAUCCUGAAGUUUACAAUUACACAUGGUCACCUGGCAAUUAUCCUCCUGCAAAUGUAAUUAAAAUAAACUUAACUCGAGCCUUGAACAAAAAAACACUUACUUGUAAUGGGCAUCAUAAAUGUAAUCCUGUAUCUUCAACUAUAAAACUCAAUGUAGAAUAUUAUCCCAUCAUAAAUACAAUUGAUAAUAUGACAGUGAUUGAAAAUCAAACAAAUGAAUUUAGUUGUCUGGCAGAAGGAAAUCCCAAACCAACAAUAACAUGGAAAAUUAGAAACCAGAUUUACAAGUCUAAGUUGUUGCAAGUUUCUUUUACUCGUUUUAAUGUAAGUAAAGUUCAAUGCAUUGCAACAGCUAACAGCUCCCAAGAUGGCAUUUUGAAAAGUUCUAAAAACAUUUCCAUUUUUGUCACAUAUCCACCAGAAAUUAAAAUUCAUCAUAAGGUCACCAGUUUAAAUGAACAAGCAGAAAUCAGUUGCACAGCUGAAGCCAGACCAAAUAAUAUUCAAUACAAAAUAAUACAAAAAUGGGGAAACAAAGAAAAAAGAAUUAUUACUGCAAAAAAAAAGAGUUUCCCAAAUUUUUCUUACUAUGAUUUAGGAAACUGGAUAUGUCAGGCUAGCAAUGAUGUACCCGACAAAGGAUAUUAUACACAUACAUCUGUGGAAAUUCAACUCAAUGUCGCAGCACAUUUCCAAGGUAAUAAAACUGAAACUGGAAUUGUUGGAUCUGAGAAACUUUUGAAAAUCUGUUUUUAUUGCAAUCCUGAUGCUACAGAUGUGAAAUGGUACAAAGGGAAUGAGGAAAUGCCAUUUAAUAGAAUUUCUUACAUUCCUGCAGAAGAUGGAUUAUUUCCAUUUCUUGGUAACUGCAGCAUCUUGAAAUUGGAUAUUCAGAAAAAAGAAAUCCAGAAGUAUUCUUUAAAAGUUAUCAAUCCAGUUGGAGAAAGGACUUUUGAAUUGACUUUAGUAAUUGUCGUUCUUCUUAUUAUUAUUGGUGGAAUUGUUUAUUUCAUAUUCCGAAGAUCAUCAAGGCAAGAGGAUGGACAUGAACCUCACUAUGCUGAAAUAUCAGACAUUUUACCUGUGGAAGGACAAGAGAAUGGAAAUGAACCUCAAUACAUUGAUUUAACAAGUAGAUCACCUGUCACAGGGAAAGAAAAUGGAAAUGAACCACAAUAUAUUAAUGCAAGAAACAAACACAAACUUGUCAAAGAGAAAGAAAAUGGAAAUGAACCACAGUACAUUAAUGUAACAAACAUACAACCAGUCAAAGGGAAAGUUAAUGGAAAUGAACCUGUUUACAUGAAUGCAGCAAACAUAUCACCUGUCAAAGGUCAUCUGGAUUAUGAAGAUUUGGGGAAUUAA